UGCACCGUCCCUCUACCUGUGUGGGCCAGGGUGCGGACACUGAGGUAUCUGUGAACUAUUUGCAAACUUCUAUUUACAAAGAAAGCGCUGCUUCGUCGCAGUUUCAAUUGGACGUGCACGUCGUUGCGGAAUCUUGGUCCAGCAUUAUAUCGACCAGGCAUUGCAUAUGCUUGACCAGAACUUCUGAUUAUGUUUUUGUAAAAAAAAUAUAUAUUUUUUUUGGUCGUCGCCGUCUUCGGGAUUUAGGACCCCACAAUAUUUUUGCAGUGAAAAUUAAAGAAUCACAAUGGACAAAGAAAGUUUGACGCAACAAUACGAACCCGUCGCUGAGAUUGGCGAGGGUGCUUACGGGAAGGUGUACAAAGCACGAGAUUUGAAGAACGGGGGUCGCUUUGUAGCCCUAAAAAGAGUACGGGUGCAGACGGAGGAAGAAGGGAUGCCCCUCUCAACCAUCCGCGAGGUGGCGGUGCUGAGGCAGCUGGAGUCGUUCGAGCACCCCAACGUUGUCAGGCUGUUUGACGUGUGCACGGUGUCCAGAACUGACAGAGAGACCAAACUGACCCUUGUCUUCGAGCACGUGGACCAGGAUCUGACCACCUACUUAGAGAAGGCUCCCGAGCCAGGUGUGCCACCAGAAACAAUUAAGGACAUGAUGUAUCAGCUCCUGCAGGGGCUGGAUUUCCUGCACUCUCACCGCGUGGUCCACCGAGACCUGAAGCCCCAGAACAUCCUGGUCACCAGCGGUGGGCAGAUCAAGCUGGCUGAUUUCGGCCUGGCACGAAUAUACAGUUUUCAAAUGGCGCUUACUUCAGUAGUCGUCACGUUGUGGUACCGAGCCCCAGAGGUGCUGCUGCAGUCGAGCUACGCCACACCGGUCGACCUGUGGAGCGUGGGGUGCAUAUUCGCCGAGAUGUUCAGGAGAAGGCCACUCUUUCGAGGAAAUUCUGAUGUUGACCAACUGGGGAAGAUUUUCGAUGUCGUCGGGGUCCCCAGCGAGGACGACUGGCCCCAGGAGGUGGCCCUCCCGCACAGCGCCUUCGCCCCCAGGCCCCCGCAGCCCAUCAGAGACGUGGUGCCCGACAUGGACGAGCUGGGGACCUCGCUUCUGCUGCAAUUUCUGUCUUUCAAUCCUGCCAAGAGGAUAUCUGCUUGUGCGGCGCUGUGCCAUCCAUACUUUCAGAGUCUGGAGGGUAACAAUAAGGCAGUGCACCAACAACAGCUCCCCAGUAACCAGUCCUCCAUCGAGGAGAGAGCGGCCUGCUGAAGCCCCAGGCUCAUUGGACUGGUGGGAGAUUGGCCACUGUUUUUUUUAUUUGCAAAAGAGGUGCGAUGGAAGUCUUCCACAACAAUGAAUGCUGCUUUGAGGAUACCUUUCUCAAGAGAUAAGAGCAAUUCUUUUUUCCAGUCUUUUGCCCUCAGAUUUUUUCUGUUUUUUUUUUUUUUUUUUUUGCGGAAACAAUGCAAAGACGCAAAGAUGGCCACGGCUUACAAGUCCCACCUGGGAAAUCCCUGGAGAACCAGACCGCUGCUUACCUGCUGCCUUUCUGAGGGAGAUGCUCUGCGCCCAGCAACACAUGCGCACACAAGCACACACACACACACACACCUCUCUCACUGCCAGGUCCUCAUCUUUAGGGAUUUUACCUUUCCAGCUGCUUCAGAGAUCUUACACACACCUGCGCCUGCACACACAUGGACACACACGCACAAACACACACACAUAAAUACACAGUCACACCUCUCACUGCCAGAUCCCUCUCUGUACCUCUGUAAGGACUUCACCUGUCCAGCUGCUUCAACAGCCCCAACAUAUUACACACACACACACACACACACACACACACACACACACACACCUGUUCAACGGAUCUUCACCCCAACGAGCGCACGAGCGCGGUGGUUUCCCAUACUCCCUCACCUUUCAAACUCACGUCUGUUUGCGGGCACGCCUUCCAUGCGGGGGGGGCCCAAACCUCGCCUCCUAGAGCAAGGCGCCAAGGAGAAUGGUCAAACUGGUCGCCACUGCCACCUGGUGGCAGGCGAGUGUCACUCCAGGCCCAAAAUUGCUUCCUCCCCCCCUCCGAUAGCCCGCCUUCUGGAUGUCUUCCUCUCGUCAUUUCAGAUGCAGGACUCACCCAUUUCAAGGCAAUCAGAGGCUCAGAAUGUCCUUAAGUUACAUCUAUGGGCAGUCCUGCGCAGCAUUAUCAAGCUGUCAUCGUACGUUUCCAGCACACAGCUUUGCAACUGUGCUUCGGAAAGGUUUUCAAUACACUGGGUUUAGAUCUUGGAGUGAAUGAAAUAAAAUUAAACUAUACAUAUACAUUUACAUAACAUAAUAAUUGUAACUUUUGUUUUGCAGAUUAUAUUGUCUGAUGUUUGUAGUUUUGUCUAAAUUCAUCUGAUAGAAUUGUACGAGGCCAAGUACUGCCACAUCUCUGUGGGAACACCCACUUAACUGCCAAAAACAUCAUCAGCCAGUUACAUUAGUGGACUUUUUGUAACAAGAGGAUGAAGAAUUUUAAAAAAGUUGACAAAAAGGUUUCACAAAGCGACAUGUAGGUAGGGCUCUGGGUGAAUUUGUGUGGCAGUAGGUGAUUUGUAAUGGUGGUGAUUAGCAUGCCGUACAUGUGAACUAUGAAGGGAACGGGUUUAAUUCUGGUAGUGUUAGCUCAAGUAAGUGAAUUGUUGAGAUUGGUGGGAGGGCAUAUGUAUGGGCUGAAAGGUCAGUGGAGGUGUUGUUUUGUUCAUAGGUUUGUCAAUAUUAAGCAAUCUGCACAUCCAUGGACUGGAUUUCAGAACAUAGGAUUACAGUACGUCAACAUGCUGGCUCUACAAAAAUCAGAGUGUACAGUUAAAACAUAGAAGCUAUGAAUAGUGUGGUCUAACAAAUAUUUGUAAAAGCCUGUGAACUGUCCUUUUUGCAAAUUACAAAUGUACAGCUGUUUCACAUUAGAAAUGCAUCCAAUUCUCAGUAGCGUUUGUCGUGGUCCAGUUCUACCUUCU